AAUGGACAAUCAGGGGAGCGUACGAAGUGCCCGCCUCGCUUCCCUUCCGCCGCUUCAAGAAUCAGCAAGAGCUCCCCCGCCUCCCUCCAGCCUCGCGAAUCGCGUUCAGAAAUCCGACCACCACCGGUCUCGAAGGCGUCUCGAACGGAGCCCUAGAUCUCCGGCGGCCUCGCUUUGGGAUGCCCGGGGAAUCCGGCGGUGCUGCCUGCUGCGAGGCGGCGCCUCUUGCGGUUUGGCUGUGACUGCUCUCCCGUGCAGAUUAUGCUCGUUGAUUGAGGUGGAAUUGGGUGAUGCUCGGUGCGCAGUAGGAGCGCUGCUCUCGAGUUGGGCGGGGAGCGCGGGAGGAAUUACAGGGGCGAGUCCAGGAGGGAGAUGAAGGAUGUGGCCGUGGCUGGAAAGGAUUGCGUCCGCGUGCUGGGACCGGGUCCGGAGGUACGCGCUUACGAGGAAGGAUGAGGACGACGGCCACGAUGACGGCGACGGUGACGCCGGGGCCGGGGCCGACGAGCUGCUGUGGUCGCGGGACCUCGCGCGGCACGCGGCGGGCGAGUUCUCCUUCGCCGUCGUGCAGGCGAACGACGUGCUGGAGGACCACAGCCAGGUCGAGACGGGCACCGCCGCCACCUUCGUCGGCGUCUACGACGGCCACGGGGGCGCCGAGGCGUCCCGCUUCAUCUCCAACCACCUUUCUGCGCACAUCGUCCGUCUAGCACAAGAACAUGGAACAAUGUCUGAGGAUGUGGUUCGAAACGCCUUUUCUGCUACAGAGGAAGGCUUCUUGUCGCUAGUGCGCAGGACACAUUUGAUAAAACCUGCUAUGGCCACUAUUGGAUCUUGCUGUCUGGUUGGCAUCAUAUGGAGAGGGACACUCUACCUGGCCAAUCUUGGUGAUUCUCGGGCAGUCGUUGGUUGUUCCAGUGGACAAAACAAGAUUGUUGCGGAGCAGUUAACAAGAGACCACAAUGCUGGCAUGGAAGAGAUAAGGCAGGAGCUCAGGUCUCUUCAUCCUGAUGAUUCGCAAAUAGUCGUUCUUAAGAAUGGUGUUUGGCGCAUCAAAGGCAUUAUACAGGUUUCAAGGUCUAUAGGUGAUGCAUACUUGAAGAAGCGAGAAUUCGCUCUUGAUCCGUCCACGGCUCGUUUCCACCUCUCUGAACCUCUCCGUCGGCCUGUUCUGACUUCAGAACCAUCUAUCUGUUCAAGAGUUCUUAGUUCGCAAGACAGGUUUUUGAUCUUUGCAUCAGAUGGAUUAUGGGAGCACAUCUCGAACCAGGAGGCCGUCGAAAUGGUCCACAAUAGUCCACGAGAAGGUAUUGCGAGGAGAUUAGUACAAGCAGCUCUAAAACAAGCUGCCAGGAAGAGGGAAAUGAGGUACGGUGAUAUUAAGAAGCUCGAUAGAGGAGUUCGCCGCUACUUCCACGACGACAUCACGGUCGUGGUCGUCUUCAUCGAUCACGAGCAGCUGGGGCAGGAGGGUUCAUCAGCCUCUGUUCCUGAACUCUCAGUUCGUGGGUUUGUUGAUGCAGGAGGCCCCUCCAGCUUUUCAGGGCUGAACGACGUUACUUGACACGGUAAAACCUUGUGUUGGCUUGAAUGCCUGUCGUUUUGAUUGUAAUAGUAGUUUCAGACUGGUAUUUCGUAGCUCUGUUAUCCUGUUCGUGCAUAGCUGCUACCGCUUCGCAUAAAUUUAACUUUUGGCCAUUACUAGAAUCGCGUUUCAUUCUGGCGAUUUUGGCUGCAUUAUUUCUCAUUUCCCCCUACCCCUCCCGAAGAAUAAGACGCGGAUCAAUAAAAACAUAUGCUACUACCGACUAUUUUCAUGAUAUAUUUAUCAGCUGAAGUUGGCACUUGAUGAA